AUGUCAUACGUACCUCAGACCCCAGAACGUCCAAGUCGUAUAUCACGCCAUUGUACAACUUCUACACCAAUUUCAACUACUCAUAAUUUGCUAACUCCAUGUACUGCCACCAAGAAACCAUUUUUAAAUGUAGCACCAAUCACCACACCAUUGGCACAUACCAAUAAACAUCAAAUCCCAGUGACUCCAGAAUUCACGCCGCAGAAAUCACCUGCUCGUAAUACUACUGGUAGUGGUACAACUCGACGCAAGAAGAUCAAUGAUUUAUUGUUUGAAACCGAUGCCGAAUUGGGUAAAGAAAGACUUUCAUUUGGAUUAUUGUUGCCUGUGCCUUCAACCGUCGGGUCAGGCAGGAAAAGACGUACUAGUGGCGUCAGUACUACCACUAGCAGUGGAAAUAUUACAUUUAGUCAACCGUUGUGUAUGCAUGAAGAAGAAGAAGCAAUAGAGGAUGUCACAGUCACAGCCACACCCAAGGCCCAAGUCAUUACUCUGAGCAUGGUUGACAAUUGGCAUGGAAAGAGUUUUAACAAUGCAUUUUCCGACGAAGAAGACGACGACGAGAAAGAAGUAGAAACAAUGACUCUUGGACAAUCGAAAUUGAUCCCGAGAGUGAAAUUGGAAAAUCCAUUUAUAGAUGGCCCAACCACUCCCAAGACAAAGAAAGAAGACAAUCCAUUUAUAGAAGAUUCAUCAAAAGUAGAUUAUGAAACCCAUAUGGAGUUGGUGAAUCAUAGGACUGGAGUUAAAAGGAUAGUCAAAUUAAACAAGAAUCAAAUGAAGAUAAAGCCAAAAAAGUUGAGUUUUAUUUAA